AUGAUGUCCUUCCUGGUGUGCAUCAGCAUCAUUGAAAAGGGAUGCGAGACGAUGAUCAUAGUCGGGGCAGCGGGGCUAAUCUCUGGGGCCUACUCAAGGGUCACCAUCGAGCUCAUAUCGGUCUACUCCACAUACGAUGCUGAGGUGGCCAAAAUCCAAAGGGAGGACAGGAAGGGAGCCACACAAGCUAAGGAAAGGACUGUAAUAGAGAACCUUCCAAGACCAUGGCAGGUGGCAGGGACAUUCGUGCUGUCCUCUGCCAUGGGGUCCCUAGUGCCGCUUCUAGGAGCUGCAUUUAUUAAGGAUCGCCAGCUGAGGUGGCUGGAGGUCAUGGUGGUGAGCAGCAUAGCCUUGGUCAGCCUUGGCGCACUGAGUGCAAAGCUCAAUAAUUUGCCUCCGGUUAAGUCGGUAAGUAGGUUGCUGCUUGAAGGGUAUUUCACGAUCAGUGUGGCCUAUUGUACUACCAAGCUGAUUGGAUAA